CGAAAUGUGUCUCGGUAUGAUUUGUUUUCAGGUUUCAGUGCGGUGUUGGUGUGCCGUGAUUUGGCGGUAGCGAGUAUAGCGCAACCUAAGCCAGUCCGUCGGUCGGCCAUCGCUCGCACACUCGUUCGGCGCGCAACGCACUGCGUCCGCCCGCCCAAAUCACGCGAUUUUCUUAAAACUUAUAAUAAAUUCUAAAAAAAAAAGUUGUUUACGUGUGGACUGUUUUUUUUAUCUGUGACACAACAAGGAUGCCCGCUAUGUAAAGCUUCAUGGACUUUUGAGCUGAAUUGGAAAGCCUAAAUUUAUAAAAAGUGGUGGCCCGCACGACGGAUGAUGACGAGCUGCACGACGGCAGCGGCGAUGUCGCGCUGACCGGCUACCCGUUCGUCAUGAACGACCUGUAUGUGGACGCGCGCAGGAUGCAACUCUACUCCCACCCGCAUAUGCACCCGACGGAGCUGACGGUGCAGGCCGUGUCGUCGCACGAGCUGCUGAAGCCUAAAGACGAGCCGUCUUACACCCUGGCGCCGAGCUCCACGCUUUGCUCGGUGGAACUUCAUCACCCAGGUUCUUCCCCGUACGAAAAUCGGCUAUGUCUUCAAGACAACAAUGGCCCGGACACAUCGAAUUCUCAAAGCGUGAAGGGCGACGAGGAGCUGUCCAGAGUUUACCAAACUUUGAACAUGCAACCACUCUCGAGAGAAGAAAACACCAGUUCUAAUAACAGUAGCGAAACUAAAAGCAAGUCAAAAUCUGCGACUCCGGCCAGCCCCGGGCGCUCGGAGAUGAAGCCCCAGUCAACCACCACCUCGCAGGCCCUCACCAAGCCCCCCUACUCCUACGUCGCCCUCAUCACCAUGGCCAUCCACAACAGCCAGUCUAAGCGUGCCACGCUUAGCGAGAUAUACGCAUACAUCAUCAAAGAGUUCCCUUUCUUCGAACAGAAGAAGAAAGGCUGGCAGAACUCCAUCCGGCACAACUUGAGUCUCAACGAUUGCUUUAUCAAGAUUCCAAGAGAAGGGGGGGGCGAGAGGAAAGGCAAUUACUGGACUCUUGAUCCCCACUGCGGUGACAUGUUUGAGAACGGGAACUACCGUCGCCGACGCAGGAUGAAGCGGCCGUCGAGGGCCACUCCGUACUCCAAGUCGAUAUUCGGGGACGCGUACCAUGUAUCCCACGUGGCUCAGCAUGUGCCUCCCCAUAUGCAACCUCUUCCGUUGGGCGGGAGAAACUACUUUGGAGCUACGUCUCCUUAUCCGCCGUCUUACCCGAGAUAUGACACGGCAUGGUUGUCUCCGUCCAGUGCCGGCCUGGGCUACGGCGGCGCGUGCGGCGGCGUGGGCCGCAGCCCGCCCGGCUGCUCGCCGCACACCGCGCUGCCGCACCAGUCCUCGCCAGUGCCGCUCAACCCGUUCGCAUCGCAUCAGCUUCAGGGUCAGAUACAGAGUCCCUUGCAACCGAUGCAGUCGAUGCCAAUGAACUACAACACUAUAGGAGGUGUUACUUCUUUGGACGGUUCUCCAAGCCCCGGGCCAGGCUACGCGCACUCCUCAGGCGGGUUCUCACCGGGCCGACACCAUGACGUCGUCACCUCGUCUGACGCCGUCACCAGAUUCCCCUUUUGGACAGAUGGUGGAUCCCCGAGCCCUAACCCAGGCUACGUGCCGUCGAGCAACUACUCGCCCACGCGACGACACGAGGCCGUCACGUCUUCCGACGCGGCCUCCCGCUUUUCGUUCUGGCCUGAAGCCGUCGGUGUCAAAGAGGAAGCGUCGACGACUCUCAUCACCAACGCCGCGCCCUACUCCAAAUGUUUCAUGUGAGAUCACAGC